GCUAUUUUGUUGGUUAUGGCUUGCUUUCUCAGAAAAGCCCUUUAGAAACAUCAUUUAUUUUUUAUCUAAGACCAAAAUUCAAAAACUGAAAGUCCUAACUCAACAUCUAGGUUAAGAGUUUUCAAAGUUGUUGGAUCGAAAGAUCUUUCAAUUUCCAUCAAAAUGGCUCCUCAGAAGCCUAAAAAGAGCAAAGUUCGAGUGAUCGCUCGUUUGAGACCAGAAAGAUCGGAGUACACAAGUUCUCUUCCAAACUACAAGGACGCGCCUUCGAAGUGUGUUCGCCCGAUUGACUCAAAGACUCUCGAAGUCUGGAAUUGGAGGAAUGGAAAUGUUCUGCAAUAUCAGUUUGACGGCUUUUUCGGAGAAUACAGUUCGCAGAAAGAGAUUUACCACUUCUCAAUCAAACCAGUUCUGCAGUACGUCCUUCAAGGAGAAAACGCAAGUGUGUUUGCUUAUGGACCAACAGGAGCUGGAAAAACACAUACAAUGCUUGGUACACAUCAGCAACCAGGAGUAAUUCCUCAGUGUUUAUCAGAUGUUUUCAUCGCAAUUGAUGCAGAAAAACAGAAGUCAACAGAAUGGACAUUUGAAACACAAUUCUCUUAUCUAGAGAUUUACCAAGAAAAGGUUAAUGAUUUACUUGACACAAAGAAGCAAGAUCUUCCAAUAAGACAGGAUAAUAAUGGCAACAUAUUUAUUCCCACCUUAACAGAGAAUGUAAUCACAAGCUACAAAGAAUUUGAUGAAAAAUUUCAAGUUGCUGCUCAAAAUAGAAAAACUGCUUCGACAAAACUAAAUCCUCACUCAAGUAGAAGUCACUCUAUUCUAUUGAUAAAGGUUCAGAGGGAGCAAACCAUACCACCAUUUAGGAGGUUAACUGGAAAAAUGUAUCUAAUUGACUUGGCUGGUUCUGAAGACAACAGAAGAACAGGCAAUGAAGGUGUAAGACUAAAGGAAAGUGGAGCAAUCAAUGGAUCAUUAUUUGCUUUAGGACAAGUUGUAGAUGCCCUCAAUAAUGCACAGCCAAGAAUACCCUACCGAAACAGCAAGCUUACUCGACUUCUUCAGGAUUCUCUUGGUGGUUCUGCACAUACUUGUGUUAUAGCCAAUCUUGCUCCUGAACCAAUUUUAUACUCGGACACACUUAACACCCUAAACUUUGCUACCAAAUCAAGAACUAUUGUCAAUAAGCCAUUCAUCAGGGAAUCUUAUGACAAGAGUGCAGCCUUUAAAAGACCUCAUCAGAAAAUGUGUCCAGAGGAUGGUGAGAGACCUGCCAAAAGUGUAAGAACAAAGGAUCAUUCAUCAAGCUCCAGUACAUACAACAGCACAGCAAUCCCCUCAGGUGUAUUAAGUCCCUUUAGAAUCAAGCAAGAUAUUCUUGAAGAAAGAAUGGAAGCACUAGAAAGAAGACUACUGGUGAAAACUGAACAUUUCAUUCAAAAAUUUCCUGAAGGUUCGGAGACAGCAAGGCACAGUCCAUUCAAAGAURUCAGUAUCCUAAGCUCUACUAGUCAACAAAGUAUUCUCAAAUCAAAUGAUGGCUCAAAAUCUCUGAAGACUUCGAAAAAAAAGAAAGUACCAUUAUCACAAAGGGUUCAAAACGCAUCAAAUGAAAUCAGUUCAUUACUGGUAGAAGAAAAUUUUACAGUAAAUAUCAACCCUGCUCUACAAGAAGCAUAUGAUUCAGAAUUGUUAUCAGUCCUUAAUAAUGGAGAUGUAAAAGACCUGAUUCAGUUAGAGGGCAUUGGGAAAAAACGUGCAGGGAUGAUUCUAGACUGGAGAUCACAACAUGGCUCUUUUACAAAGGUACAAGACCUAGCUCUGGUCAAUGGAUUGACCUUCAAAAUGGCAGAUACAUUUCGAAAAAAAAACCUCUUGAACAAAAUGGUCUUCACUUGAAAUAAACUUUAACCAGAGUAGGAUGGAGUAGGUUUUCGAAAGCAGCAAAAACCUAAGCUCAUAGUCAUAUCUGUACCUCCUUAAUGAGCAAACUUUGUUUCUUAGAAAAGCUUUCAAGAGUAAAUGUAGUUAUGUUAUAGAAGUCAUGUAUUAUUUUUAGCUUUGUCAUCGUUACCUUGUUUCUGGCUCAAUAAUACUACUAAGUCAAAAUGACUGUCGAUCAAGGCAAAGUUUUGACUGCAAAAGUUCCAAUUCUCAAUGGUCAUAGUGUUCAAUGACAACUGUUAUUUUAAGCCCUGGAGUAGGGAGGGUAGAUAACGAGUAAUUUUAGAUAUCACAAGAAAAAAUAAGAGAAAAAGUCAUGUUCAUAAAGAUCUGAUGUAAAAACAUAAAACCAGUUGUUAUAUAAAGUUUGGAAAUUCUUUAUUCAAACAAACUGCAACCGUUAUUUUAAGUCCUGGAGUAGGAAGGGUAGAUAAYGAGUAAUUUUAGAUAUCACAAGAAAAAAUAAGAGAAAAAGUCAUGUUCAUAAAGAUCUGAUGUAAAAACAUWACCAGUUGCUAUAUAAAGUUUGGAAAUUCUUUAUUCAAACAAAAUUUUUGCUAUACAGAUACAGCAAAUCAAAUAAACACAUACCAUACGUGUAUAUAAAAUAUAUAACAUACAUUGCCUCAAGUACUAACUUAAUUACAGUAAGUAGUAAGUUGUUGCGGCUGUCAUUAGUUCCUACAGUACAGUACAAACAUUAGUGGAUGGUGUGUACUUUAUGGCUGAGCAUUUAUAAUAAGAGUUAAAGCAAAUAAAGAUAUGCAAAGCGGA